GGGGAGCAAACUGGCACGAGCCUACCGUCGUUGUCAGGGACGGGGUGCAUCUGUGGAAAAAAAGAUAGGACAUAACAAUAGCAGCAUCCAGUUUCGGUGUACAUUGAUCCAGGGUGCGUCAUAGAAAACGAACACGAACAUGGCGCUCCUUUAUAUAACAUAAUGUACACGACACAUGGAAUGGCCAAUAUAUUUUUUUGUUUGCUGGACUACGAAGAAGAGUGUACAAUAAAAUGGAGUGGUAGGGGGGUAAAGGCGCGCUGUCUCCAUCAUAGGGAGGCGCGUCCACCUGCUGAUACAGGGAGUCCGGGCUUGGGAAAAAUAUGGUGAGGUCGCACUCGCUGCAUUGAGGAGAAGAUACAGUUUCCAUCUGUCAAAUAAAUAACUGUAAAUGGAAUGAUGGCGACGGGAAAAGCGCAGCCCGUGUGAAAAGAGAGGUUGGAUAGUGGCAAUAGUGUAAGGGACAACUAGAACCAAGCUAAAUUGAUGGAUGUUUUUCAAGAACCCAACUUUUCUGUGCUGGCUCCAAACCUGGAACAGAUCAACAAAGAGGAUGAGAAUGAAUCACACAUCCAGGACAGUAAUCUGCAGCCAGACAGCACCGCCGUCUCACCUACAGCCAAUCAACUAAAAGGAGGCCAUGAGAGUGAGAGGACCUCACUGAACCCAUUCUCACCCCUCAGCCCAACAGAGACCUCUGAGCCCAGCAUCACCACCACUACCACUGAUGACUCCUCUUCCAUCCACGCCAUCUCCCUCACCUCCUCUUGCACAACAAAAGAGGUGAGUCCCUGGGCUCUUCCAGAGGACUGUAGUAACAAAGCAGCUUUCACAAUAAUGGAGAUAGGGAGUGUAUCAGCCCUGUCUGGAGGAGACUGCCUCAUGCCACAAAGCCGCACAUGCCUGGGCUGUUUCAUCGAGACCAAGGACGCUACAGAGCCUGAGCCAGGGCUGGACCUGGGCCGGGACUAUGACCCCUGUCCUGUCUCCUGUCCUGACAUGGCCAUGCAGUGCAUGAGUUCUGGGGAUGGUAUCCCCUACGGGGAUCAGCUGCUCUCAGACCAGCUCCUCAGCUACCCAGAGCACAAGAUCAGGGCAGAGGAGAAGACAGAUGAUGAGAAGUCAGCGGAGGACAGCGACUCAGAGGACGCCACGCCGAAGAGUAUCUACGAAGGUCUGCUCCUGGACAAGUGCAAUGGUGAGGAGGCUCUACUGGCCAACUCCAGCCAGGACUGGGGCUGCUUUGAGUCCUUUAUCAGCGAGAGUAAGAUCGAGCUGCUGGACCUCUGCUCUAAGAACGAGCUCUCUGUCAACCUCUUCUCAGAAGAGGACGUAGACAACUACAUGUUUGAUGAUGAGGACGAGGACUCCACCCUGGGCAGCGACGUGUGCUCGCUGAAGAUCCGCUACGAGUCCUUCCAGGACAACGUCCGAGAAAAGACCAACCCCAUUCAGGAGGAAACCCAGUUCAACUUCUUCCCAAGUGUCGUGGCCAAAAAGGAGGGUGAGGGAGCAGUGAAGAAGGGAGCUGAAGGAGCACAGGUGAAGGGAGAGAUUGUUGAAGUCUGGGCGGCUGGAGAAAAGGUUGACAAAAACAACAGCAGCAGCUCUGCUGAGGUGACGCCGAAUGUCAGUCCAGAGAGCAGCUACCUGUUUGACUUCAACAAUUCCACAGUGGACUCUGGAGAGUACAGCGAUGACAGCUCCUGUACUGGAUCCUCCCUUGACACCUGCCAGACCAAACAGAAACACUGCUUCCUCUCCAGGGAGAACUCCAGCUCCUCCAGCCAGCUGAGCUAUGGGCUGAGGUCCAAGAGAAAAGUCAGAUACAGCGACGACUAUCUGUACGACGUGGAUUCUAUCGAGAGCGAGAGGAACACAGAGAAAAAAGACAAGCAGACGGUGGUCCCAAAAAAAGAGGAGGAUGAUGACUGGUGUCCAAAGAAGAGGAGAAAAUCCUCACGAAAAGAGCCUCCGGUGAUAAUCAAAUACAUCAUCAUAAACCGAUUUAAAGGGGAGAAGCACAUGUUAUUAAAGCUUGGCAAAAUUGACACAUCAGAGACAACAGUAAGCUUAAGUAAGGACUUAGUUCAUAAGUACCAGAGAAUGGCUCCUCUGAAAGACUACUGGCAAAAGAGGCGCCAGGAAAUGCAGGAGCAGCGCAUGCUGGCUGCUGGUGAUAAAAACACAUUUCCAAAUGGCUGCAGGCGUUCCCUUAAUUCGAGCCUGACAAAACGAAAAUACAGGAUUGCAAAUAGAGUCCGGAUUCAAAGAAUUCACGCUGUAAAGCUCUCGCCAAACCACACCGAUCACAAGCAAGAGGUGGGCGCAGCUGAGGAUGAAGCUGCCUGUACAGAUAUGGAAUCUAUAACAACAACGACCUCUGACUGUGCUGCUAGAUUAGACCAAGGCAGUGUGACAGGAAAAAGCAGAUCGCUAGAGAGGGAGGGGAAAAGACUUGGGAAUAAGACUGUGCAAAUAAGGAAAUUUAAAAGCGAGGCCAGACUGAGGUUGAAAAGAAUGAACGAGGCUCAGCAGGAGGAUGGUAAAACUGUGAUACAGCUACAAGAGGUUGGCCCACUAUCCCCAAAUCCGCACCCUGACAUAGUUUACUCCACUGCAGGCAGCCCCCAGAUUUGUGAUGACUCUACUGUCAGUGUCGACCCCAAUGAAAAGUCCACUUUUAUACCAGCCCCCUGCUCCCCUUCCAGUACAAUGACCCAUCCUGUAAAUGUGAAUAGUGGUCUACAUGUCAUCCCUGGAGGCUACCUGCAGACAUUACUAGAGGCCUCUGACUCAUCCAGUAACACUGGGCUGACAUAUUACUCCCAGCAGCAUCCCCGACAGCAGUUUCUUCAUGGCUUCUCCCAGGAGGAGAAUCCAUUCACUAACCUACAGCUGGCCCAGAGCUGUGUUCUAUCCCCACCCUCAGAGUCUGAGCUCCAACAGUCCCCCUCUAACUGCUCCAAUCAGAUGGAGCCAAACUUCACUCACACAUCAUGGCAGUCUGAAGGUAAACAUUUAUCAUUUACACCUGAUAUUAAACCUGAACCUUCUGACUUUUCCAGCACCAUUUCUUUGCCAAUGACAAACAACUUGCCGUUGUCAGGAUAUAGUCAAGUCAAUGUAGAUGGCAACAGACUGCUGUAUGAUAAGGCAUAUUUGCCUGAGGAGCCACCAGGACUAGACUCAGGCCUACAAGUCAGCCAGUCAGCUAAAGAGGAACAAGUGCAGUUCCAUAGAGUCACUCUAAACACAGAGAACGGCAGGCUGGCCAGCUAUGACUCUAUGAGUUCACUGUCUGCCACCUCCAGCAACUACAGCUCUAUGAGUCUCAAGUCCUGUGAGAAGGAGAGUGAAGACGAUGUGAACGAGAACUUCUUGGCCCACUGCAGUCCCAAACUGGUGAUCCAGCGAAGUACCGAUGAAAUCACUCCCCUCAGGGAGUCUACAGACCUACUGGACAUCUCCAACUUCACCCCCGAUAAGUUCAGGCACUCGCCAUUGUCAGAUAUGUCGCCACCUGACACACCAAAUCUCUCCCCACAGGUGAUGGGGACAGAAAUUAUGGAAAACCUAGGAAAGGCCAGGGAGUUUCAGGGAGAGACAGGAGACAUGACUCUCUCAGCUACACCUGAUGGGACUAAGUGGGACUGUAAUGUCCUGCCACAACAAAACCAUGAUGGCAGAGCGAUAAACAAUCAUCAGUUCCAGUUCCAUACUUUCAAUGACAAUGACGGCACAGGUAAGAUUGAUGGCCCCAACGUCUUUGAUGAGCAGCCCGAAUCCAUCGGAGGUCGAACUAAAGGUCCCAAGUCAAAAAGGAAAGCAACCAGUAAACAGAAAAGCAAGGCUCCAAGGGCCCCCAAGACAGAGAAGAACAAAGCCCCGAGACAGAAUUCUAGUUCAUCCAAAAAGCUAAAAGCCCUGCUUGAUGCAAAGGCAAAUGCAAAAGGUGAAGAAAGUGAAGGCCUUGCUGGACUAUCAGAAGACUGGCCUUUACUGGAGGAGCAUGGUGGGGGCUGGGCAGACGGCAACAACAACAGUCCUGUGGAUGACGACCAGCGAGAGUUUGAAGAGCCCUCCAACAUCCUGUCCAACAUAGCCUCUGGGAUGGCAGAGGUCCAGAGGUUUAUGAAGGUGUCAAUCGAGCCACUGUGGGACCCCAUGUCUGGACUCUGUCAGCCUCCAGAUGCCAACAGCCUUAAAACUAAGACACUUAAAAUCCUGGCGGGAACAACAGCUAACGUCAGGAAAAAGGGUGGUUAUACCACCUCCGCUGUGGCAGGAAGGGGCAGAAAGGCAGCUGGCAUGGGAGCCAAAAACCAAGCCAAGUUAAUUCCUUCAAACCCCUUCUUCCCCCCUCUCAUGCUGGACUGCAACGUGUUCAACAAGUCCAGCCUCGGUAUACCUGGCAUCUGUGGGCCCGCACACAAAAAAAUGUACCGUCACAAAACCGGUGCAAAAUUUGCUCGAGACGAAAACAAUACAGGGAAGCGGGACUCGAGCAAGAACGUAGCUCUGAUGACCUCUUAUGAGAAACGGAGGUAAUAUUUUGUACCAGUGGCUGCAAAGUAUGUCCCACUCACUCUAUUUCCUCCUGCCCCUUGCUCAGUUCCCUGGGUUCCCUUACUGCUCUCACUUUUUGACUGAAAUCCAAGUGUUGCAUGGCAAAGACUUUAACCUUGACUACCCCACCUGCUGAUUUUACCCUAAAUAGAGCCGAAAUAACUUGCAUGUAAGAUUUUAUUUGUUCCUGAGAAACUACCUAUUGAGUGAUUGAUUGUCUUCAGCUUGACUGGGUUUUCAAACUACCGUGGCUACAUUUUGUUUCUGACUGCUGCUUGAUUCACCUUUCUUGGUCUUUAGAUUGUUUUGUUUUUUGUUACUUUAGGUUUGACUUUUGUAUAAUAAGAAAGAUUGCCUUGAAACUGUUUUGAAAAUAAUUUUUGUGAUACUUAGUGUUUUGCUUUGUUUUUUCAUUUCUCCAUUUCAGCAGGACAGCUUGCCCCAUCUUAAUAAUGUCAAAAUUCCGUCUGUUGCUCUCCACAAAAUAAAAUCACAGUUCAAAAGUUGUCCAUCCUUACAUUCAGACAGUGGUUUCCUUCAGUGUAAGAAGAGAGAGUGGAGUGAGUCACAAGUGAACAGUUACAGUAGGCUUAUCCUAUCAUUACUGAUAUCACCCUGCCAUUCCAGUUGUGGAUGUUUCACUGGUGUUGGAGAACUGUAUCGCUGUUCUGCUGGGAACUAGACUUCAUAAUUAAAAAAGGGACUCUUUUUGUAUUAACAAUAAGACAAAUUUAUCAAACUGUCCUAAUUGUAUUAAUAUCUUUAAAUGGUAUUAUUUGUCAUUGGCUUAUUGCCAUGGUUUGGGGAGAGUUGGUGGGAGGGUAAGUGGAGUAAGUACCCAAAAUUGCAAUUUGUUAAUGCUAUUGUACAGAGACAUAUGCACUAUUUGCAGAAUAUGACAAUAAUUAUAAUGUUGAAAAUGGAAUUAAUGUGCCAAACGUUGAUCAAGUACCUGUAUAAACAUUUUCUAUCUGUAUGUAUAUUGGCUGUUUCAUGUUCUUUUUGUUACGGUUGUGCGGUGGGGGUUCUGGACUAUGGUGGCAGGUCGACAUUCCAGAGAUCUUACACUUGGGAUCUAUUCCGUUUGCCAAGCACCUGCAGCUGACAGUGAUACACCUUUUACCAAAAUGCAAAUGACUGUCUUUUCUUUCAUACAUUCUUCUGAAAUGAUUGCCAUCUGAACUCCAAAUCAACAGCCAGCAUGGAGAUACAGAGAAGGGGAUUAAAUAUGCUCUAACAGGUUAAUUACAUCGAGAUCAUCGGACUACAAGGUUCUAUCUGCAUUUUUGUCAAAAUGUAGUUAUUGGCAUAGCCUUGAUCUGUUCAAUGUUCUCUACCUAUAUAGUUCUGUAAAUACACCAAUUCAUGUUGUUAAGUUUUAAAGAAUACAAGAUAAAAAUUGCUGACACCAUUGAAACCAAUGAGGGUUCGGAUCUUUAAAGCCAAUUAUCUCAGAAUCAUAUUUUUGCAAAUAGAACCUUAUAGUCCCAAGCGCUCAAAAUAUUGAGGUUUACAUUUGUACUAUACUCAAGAUGAGCACACAGAUUAAUGUAAUCUCAUGCAUUCACCUACCACUGCACCAACAUGGAGCUCUAUAUUAGAUUUAUACAAUUUAUUUCAAUUGACAUAAAUUGAUACUAUCCAUCAGAGAUCAAUAUUUAUUGUGAAGACCUUUGUCUCUCGCAACCUCCCUUCCCCUCCAUCUUCUCCAAGUUGCCAGGCUAGCCAUUUAGAUGUGGGACCAGGACAAGUGUCACCACUAGGUGGUGUGGAGCAAACUGCCUUAUAUCAUCCCUGCCCAUUGUCAAUUGAAUGUACUGUACUUCCUCUCCAACAAGAGUUGUAUAUGAUGUACCACUGUUGAGCUGCCUCGGAAAGGUGCUUGAAAGCAAAUUAAUUUACAGGUAAUUGAAAAAAGGAUGAAGAAAUCUUCUGUGCCCUAUUUAUGAAUGUAUUAGAUACUGUUAUGUUUGAUGUAGCCUAAUUCUGCCAUGAUUUUGACAUUAAUUGAAAUUAUGUUUUGCCUUUUUUGUUGAAAAGAAUAUUGAGCUUUAUAAAUAUUGUCAGAGUUGUUGCCAGAGGGAUUCCAAAAGAACUCUUGACGUCCUCGAUGAAUCUUGUAUAUUUUUCAGUGUAAUGAUUUGUAAAAUAUUUUCUAAGUGUAUAUUUUUCUUAGAAAGUGCUGUGAAGUAUUUGUGAGUGUGGAUACUCUUUUUUCACCUUUACAGGCAGUGAAAGGGAUGCGUAAUGACACGCCUCUGGUUUUAAAAACCAAAAUAACAAACAUGACAGAAAAAAACUCCAAAAAAGGAGAGGGUAAAACACUGGGAAAAAAGCUGUAACAUUUUUUUGGAAGUUUUGUAAUCAGACCAAUCUUGUUGUGGGAGUGUAGUGCUACUGUGUAAAAAGUAUGAUAAAACAAAAAGAAAAACUGAAAUAAAGACAUGUUUGUGAUUUUAUUGCUGUUUUAUAGAUUUUCAUGUAAAUCAUUCUAGUAUUAUUUUGUUUUGUUGUAACUGUUGCAAAGGUUUAAAUAUUUGUGGACAAGCCUGUAUGGUGACAAUGUAAUAUUGGUAACUUGCUGAGUUUUGUAAUAAUGUUUAUGGAAUAAAUAUCAAAUAAAAAUGAGCUUUUGAUUGCUGCUUUCA